UAUCUAGUUAAAAGGCACAAAUGGCAGAAUGAUUUUCUGCCUCAGAUCUUUGAGAAUUUCUACCAAAAUAGAUAAGAUGCUCUUAGAAAGGCAAAGCAUUUGACUUGAUAGACCAUGAUCAUAAGACUUCUGCCACAGAGUUAAAUGACUCCUAGGAAAUCUAUUCUCUUUGUUGGAGAAUAUAGAAGGAAGGAUAAAAAGGAAAACAUGUAGGGAGGCAGAAGGGAGAAGCCAAUUAUCUUUAAAGUUCUCAAGAAUUGCUAUGACUAAGUAAAAUUGUAAUCAUUUGUUUUAUUGGUCACAUUCGAUGUAUAGGAUAUGUUAGUCCAGCUUUUAGAAUCAAUCAAGAUUCCUAGAAUUACAAUGAACUGUAUGAAAAACUGGAGGAUUUUGUCACAGCCUUUGUGUCUAUUGUUUGAAACUCUCUAAUUUUUAAAAGGCACAUUUACUACGGUAUUGGAUUUGCAAUAGACCGUGCAGAUGGACAAGACACUUUCAAGAGAGUGCACUUGGAACCACAUGAUCAUGUUAUCUAUUCAGGAGAGUUCAACUAUGAACCACUCUAUGAGCCAGAAUUUAGUGAUUCAACCAUGAUGAGUGACAUUUGUUGCUGUUGUAGCAGCGACGAUGAAGACUACAGUAGUACUCCUUUCACUCCUUCACCUGAUGCUCCUUUCACUCCUUCACCUGAUGCUCCUUUCACUUCUUCACCUGAUGCUCCCAUAUCAAAUAUCACUAUUAAUGAGAAAGUUCCUUCUUACUGCGGACAAGAUUUAGUGAGGGAAAAUGUCACUUCAAAUAUGUGUGAAAAAGAAUGGAAACAAAAAAACAAUGCAUAUUGCUCUGACUUGGGACCUACCUUCAAACUCUUGAAAGCCCUCUGUGCAAAUGACACACGUUCUGAAACCUCCUUGAAAGACUUGACGAAUUCCUUUGAAAACAUUUCUGCCCGCCAUUCCCUCUCGGAUAUUGAAAAAAAGAAAGAAAUUUUAACAACUUUGUCCUGGUUAAUGGAAGGAAUAAGCUCAGUUGCCUUAUCAAUAACUUUUGAAAAACAAAAACCACAGACCGUGGAUCAAAACUCCAUGGGGAUCCAAACAACUCUCAUCAGUCCAGAAUCCAUAAAAAACAAUGAAGCACUCAGGUUAAAAGCUAAAGGAGAUCAAAUGGUCAUCUACCCAAGAGCAGUGGAAGUAGCUGCCAUGAUCCCAGAUCCAAUUGCUGUGGCUUUUAUAUCAUAUGUUGGGCUGGAAUCACUCCUAGAAGAGACAUUACUGCAGAAUGGAACAGUCCUGGGCAAUGAAACACUGACAGGUGUUUAUACUAUGAACUCUAGGCUAGUAAGCGUUUUUAUCAGCAACCGCAAAACAGAUAUUUCUACCACGGUCAAUCUCACCUUUCAGCAUCUCAAGAAAAAAGUUGCCCAGGAAAAGGUUCUCUGUGUCCACUGGAUUUCUGGUGCCUUAUCCGAUCAUGGUUGCCAACAGCUCUUUUCUAACAUCACCCAUACAGAAUGCAGCUGUCAACAUCUGUCCAGUUUUGCUGUACUGACAGCCACAACUCACAAACAAGGAGAUCUGAUCCUCACCAUUAUUAGCUACAUUGGGUUGUCCAUCUCAAUCAUCUGUCUCUUCCUGUGUAUUGUCACAUUCCUCUUCUGCCGCUCCAGCCACAACAGCAGCACCUUCAUCCACCUACAACUGAGCUCCUGCCUGUUUUUUGCAGACCUCCUCUUCGUAGUUGGAAUAGAUAAAACAAGCAACAAGGUCCUGUGUUUGAUCAUAGCUGGAAUUCUGAAGUAUCUUUUUUUGGCUUGUUUUGUCUGGAUGUUCUUGGAAGCUGUGAAUCUCUACCUCAUUGUGAGAAAUUUGAAAGUUGCAAAUUACAGCGGGGCCAACAAGUAUAUGAAGAUAUCCAUGUACCUCAUUGGUUAUGGGUGUCCUGUCCUGAUUGUGGCUAUUUCUGCAGCAGUUAAACCUGGAGCCUUUGGGACUCUUUAUCACUGCUGGCUUAAUCCAGAAUUUAUCUGGAGCUUUGCAGGACCCAUCUGUGUGAUAAUUGUGGUCAACAUAGUGCUUUUCUGUCUUAUUCUGAAGACUUUGCGUGAAAAACUGGCCACUCUCAAUUCAGAGAUAUCUUCAGUCAAAAAUACCAGAUCACUGAUGUUUAAGGCCAUAGCCCAUGUGUUCAUCCUGGGUGUGACUUGGUGUUUUGGCUUCUUUCAAUAUGGUCCUUUGGAAGACAUUAUGGCAUACAUGUUCACCAUCUUCAACAGUAUACAGGGAAUCUUCAUCUUCCUGGUGCACUGCUUACUUAACCAAAAGGUGAGAGAAGAUUACUGGCGUUGGAUUUAUUGCAAGAAAGACGUCAUACCCCCUGUUUCUGAGAUAACUAUGACCUCUGUUCCCAUCAGCAACCCUUUGGCAAAUGAACCAUCUAUUAAUGAAGUGCAUAAACAGAAGAUUGAAUGGGAAGAACAACGAUAGCACACCGUCUCUCCUUUGGACUCUUUGUUUCGUUUGAAUGAAAUUGAGGGAAAUUGGGAUACAUUCAGCCAUUUUUAAUUCUCUUUCCUUGCUGAUCUCUGGAGCCAUAUUGUCUCCAACAUGGACAACUUUCCCCCCACCACAACCAGAGGUGGGUUUCAGUAGGUUCUGACCAAUCUGGAGAACCAGUAGCAGAAAUUUUGAGUAGUUCAGAGAACUGAUAGUAAAAAUUCUGAUUGGCCCUGCCCCCAUCUAUUCUCUGCCUCCCAAGUCCCAAGUGAUAGGGAUUUUGCAGUAACCUUCCCCUGCCACGUCCACCAAGCCAUGCCCACCAAGCCACACCCACAGAAACGUAGUAAAAUAUUUUGAAACCCAACACUGCCCCCAACCCAUUCCUUGUUUUAACUCACUUAACCAGAAAUAGGGUAAUUAAAGAAAAUAUAGAGAGGGCAGCAAAUCUGCUUGCCACUAACUAUAAUAUCUAGUGAAUAUGUUAACUAAAUUAAAAACACAGCCUUGAAUAACUCUAUAAUGCAGGAUGAAUUUGAAUCUCUUUUUCAUAUAUCAUGAAUAUGUUAUCAGUAUUUUUCCUAAUGGAUUGCCUUCUUAUGCAUUGAUAUUUUUGUAGAUAGAGUAUUGGAUAAAGUGUUUUUAUUUCUCAGGUAGAUAUAGAUAAUGUUCUGCAAAUUAUUUAAAGAGGCAGUUUCACUUGUGACUACUCUGUAAACCAAGUGUCAUUCUUGGAACCAUCUUAACUACUGUACAUCUUUCUCAAGAUAUGGCUCUUUCCUGUGUUGUUGGAAUUCAUAGAACACUCUUCUGCCAUGAUUUUGCUGGUUUUUAAGGAACAAUAUAUUGCUAAGACAUUGAAGUUAAGUGAUUUAUAUUUUACAUAGGUAAACUUUAUUGUUUUGCUUUAUAAUAAGAACAAUACAUUAAGUUGUUGAAUUUAUAAUUUCACUGACUGACAUUUAAUAUAUUUAUUAUUUACUUCCUUCCCUUCCCUUUCAGGGCUUUUAUAAACACACAAUUAUAUACUU